AUGCUCGCGAUCCUUUUUCUUUUCUGUCUCACCGCAGGAUUGCAAACGUUUGCUGUAUCACAGAUCUCCAACUUUGACCAAAGCCGAAGACAGAAUUUCGUAGAGAAUGCAAGGAAAAAGGAGGCAGCGGAGCGAUUAACAGGAAUCGAUCUGCAGUACUCGUUUUAUUCCGAUUUUUCGGAACUUCGCUUCCGCAAAUACCUCAUGAUGAACAAUCGUUAUCCGACUCCUGAUCCUAGUGAGUUUCCUGAGAAGCCACCGCAAAUACAAGAGAUUCCUGAAAGUGCGGACUGGCGAAGCUUUUUCGCUCCCAUUGUGGAUAUCGAUCCGUCUAUUAAGUGUGCAAGUAGCUGGGCAGUGGCGGUAACAUCACUUUUGUACAUGAAACACAAAGAACAGGACCCCUUAUGGGAUCAACCCUUCAGUGUGCAGCAACUUCUCGACUGUGUCGUGGAUCGACACGCACUCUCUCCGGACACUUGCGAUGGUGCAUCAUUAGAGAGCGCUCUGCGCUACGUCUACGAAAAAGGCCUUUGUCUCGAAAAGGAAUACCGUCCCUACAGCGGAACGCGCGAGAAGUGUCCGCGCACCGCUUGCAACCGCUAUUUCCUCAGGAAUUAUCGACGCGUGUUUCCCGCGCUUUCCGCCCUUUUAACCGCGGUUCACGACCAGCCCGUCCUCGCCACCGUGGGGGUCAAUCCCGCGGUUCUCCAGUUCUACGUUUCCGAGUCCAAAAAUCGCCCCAAUUUUCUACGCGGGGCGUUUCAUCGGUAUUUUAUCGCGGGAAUCGUGUCUUCGUACAAUUUGGCGGGAAGUGACCGUUUCGUCACGCUGACGAUUCCCUCCUUCCACCCGCUUUCCCGCCAUCUCCACUUCUUCGUUCCCGCCAACUGCCUCUCCGCCCAUUCCCGCGGUUCUUCGCCCGUCUGCGAGGGGGACGCGAAUUCCCUCGCUUUCUACGCGUACACCGCGGAAAUCGAGCCGGUCCCGCGGUUCGAGCAUCUCUUCGAGUGUGAGUCCCGCGGGGAAUUGGUCAGUAGACUCGAUCUUCGACGAAGCCUCGCUUUUGGCGGCAACGGAGCGAAGCCACUGGAUUCUGCCGUGGAGUUUGGCGCUCUACGAAGAAAUCGCGGAUUCCACCGGGACGAGCUCACCGCGGUUUUGAGGCAGAGCGCGGAGGCGCUGCGAAACCGCGCCGAAUUCCCGUGGAACUCCGAACCGAAUCCAUGGAGGGAGGAGUUUCAGAGCUGCAGAAUCGCGGGGAUCUCGCUGAUCGGACUGUUCCCGAUCGACUGUCCGUAUUCCGCGGAGCCGAUUCCCGCGGGGGAGGAAGAACCGCGGUUCAUUCCCUCGGCGGGCGUGUGCCAACUGAACGGAACCGCGGUUAAUUGGGUGCUGGAAUUGCUCGAGGAUUGCGGGGAUUUGGAGUUUUUGGCGCUGAAGGAUCAGGGGCUGGAAUCGCGGGAAAUCCGCGAAAUUCUCCGGUUUUUCCUCACCCGCAUCCAGAAAUUCCCGCGGUUAAAACUCAUCCAGCUGGGAGGGAGUUUCAUCGGGAGGGAGGAAUCGGAAAAUAUCCGCGGGACCAUCGCGGAGCUGGCGGCGAUGGGCGUUUCGGUGGGCGGAAUCGCGCCGUUUGAGAAUGAAACGCCCGAUCGGGCAUUCUUCUCGGAGCUGAUGAAUCAGCCGUACCAGUCGCUCAUCGUGUACACCCCCAUCUCCCCCUUCCGGUUCGCAGCCAAAAUCACGCUGCAAAACGCAUGCACCGAGAGUCCGCGGGAAUGUGCCUACUUCUCGAUGGAUCUGGCUCUGCUGUUCGAUCGCUAUCCGCAUUAUUUUCUCCGCACUCUGGAUUUAACAAGCUUGAUUUUCGUGGGGAGAAUGAAGAGUAGAUAA